AUGGUCUAUUCAAUUACCCCCAUUGAACGGAGCACCAACAAGGUAGCGAAAGGUUUCAGGAAGCCUGGCGGCUUCACAGGUUUCUGCCGACAAGGACUUGGUCAAGAGGGAAUAACGGAACGGAGAAGAGCUGACGAAAUAAGGGCCCUUAAGAAGGAAAGUGCUUCGAUAGAGAGUGCAAUAAAGGUUCUUAACAAGCAUGAGAAAGAACAAGAAGUCCAACUGUUGAUAGAUAAAUGGAAAGCUAUCUGUCAAGGAGCAAUGGCGUUUCUUAUGAAUUCGACGCUUCUAAAGAUAGGGAAAAUGGGUGGCUAUGAAGAAUUAGUCAAAAAAGAAGUUGAAGCUGAAAAGCGCAAGUUCGAGUACCAGUUUUCUGAUCAGCUAGAGAACGAAAUUGACGGUAUUCUAGAAUCUGACGAUUUCAAAAUGCUAUCAGAAUACGACCAAGAAGACCUCAGGCGGCAAAUGGAACUGAAACGAGAAGAAAGUAAAGCUUUCCAACAAAGAGAGCUUGAAAAACUGGAUGCCAAAACUACAAGUUGCGCAGAAGGGGAGCUUACUAUGGAAGAGCUUGCCAAGAGGCUCAAGGUUGACUACAAUCUUAUCUUUGGGGAAUGA